AGAUUCUUUUCUACUAAAUUGGUCAUUCCUGUUUUGCAUGUCAUUUUCUAUCCCCACCAAUUAGUCUCCUUUUUUCUCUCACCAAAAAGAAACAAACAAAGGCCAACACAGGAGAAAGAGAAAAAGUAAGGGUGAAAAAAAAAAAGAAAGGAAGAGAAAAAAAGAAAAGAAAGCUUGAUUUCUUUCAUUCAUCAAUAAGUGCAGGCUUUCUUUCAUAUAGGCCUUUUUCUGAGUAGAGAAAUUUCACAAAUCCUUGGAGUCUCUUUGAGGAACAUGAGUUUUAGGGAGUGCAAUGUAGAAAACGAGAAUCUGUGUGUUCAAACCCCAACUUUUAUUGAGUGGCUGAAACCAUCUUCUUCUUCUGUAAUUAGUUCGAUAUCAUCAUCACCUUCUCCUUUGUCUCAGCAUGAUCAAGAAACGAUCCAGUUUUUGCCCUUCAAGGAAAACCAUGAAAAGGAUGGUUUAGAAGUGAAAGAAGAGAAGGUGGAACAGGUCACUGUGGCUUUGCACAUUGGAUUGCCUCACACAGAAGAAUAUGACGCUGAUAAUCAUGAAGCCACUGAGAAGAAGAUUACCCAUGUAAAGGAAGAAGAGCCCUUCAAGAAAAGCUUCCAUGGUUGUUCUUUCAACCAGGAGAGAAGAUUUUGGAUACCAACUCCUGCACAGAUCCUUGUUGGACCGAUGCAGUUUGCUUGCUCCAUCUGCAGCAAGACCUUCAAUAGAUAUAACAAUAUGCAGAUGCAUAUGUGGGGGCACGGAUCCGAAUUCAGAAAAGGACCAGACUCACUGAAAGGAACACAACCAGCAGCAAUGUUAAGGCUACCAUGUUACUGUUGUGCCCAGGGUUGCAAGAACAACAUCAAUCAUCCAAGAGCCAAGCCCUUGAAGGACUUCAGAACUCUCCAAACCCACUACAAAAGAAAGCAUGGUGCAAAACCAUUUAUGUGCAGAAAGUGUUCAAAAUCCUUUGCAGUUAAAGGGGAUUGGAGGACUCACGAAAAGAACUGCGGAAAGUUGUGGUAUUGCACUUGUGGUUCAGAUUUUAAGCACAAAAGAUCCCUAAAAGACCACAUUAGAUCCUUCGGAAAUGGCCACUCCCCUCAUCCCUCUCAUGAAGGCUUCGUUGAAGAUGAGAAAGAAUGCGUUACUGCAUCUGAUGAAGAUGAAGUUGCUCAUACAUGAUAUGUAAUGUAACAUGCUAUAUAUAUAUAUAUAUAUAUAUAUAUAUAUAUAUAUAUAUUGUCUAAAUUAACUCAAGCAAAAUGAAACUAAACAAUCUCAUGGUUGGUGCAAUUCAUACAUGUAUACAAGAGAAUUGCACCAAUCAUGGUUUAAGUUCAUUUUCACUUGAAAUAAGUUAGACAAUUUCUGUAUAAAUAGGUUUAUUCAUAUAUAUAUAUAUGAAAGAGUAGUGGAAGUAAGUGUAGCAGAUGAUGUUACUGCUGCAUGAUGCCCUUGUGCUCAGUAACAAAAAAUUCUCGACAAUUAGUGAGGGAUAUUAGGGAGCGGUUUGCUACCGAGCACUUGAAGGAUGUGAUGGUGUGCAUGCAUGAAUUUGCUUUGUGGUUAAUUAAUUAAUAAGAUUAUGGUUCUUCAAGUGAUGAA